GAAGAAGAGGAGAGGCUGUUGGUUCUUCAUACGUUUCAUUCCCCAGUAUCCAGAACAACUAACAGAAAUUAGACACACAACACAACACAAACACAACAACACACCCUCUCUCGCCCUUGCUAUUAGUUUUUCUUUUUGCUCAUAUAUCUCAUUCGCACUCGCACACAACCAACCAACCAACAAAACCCUAUUUCCCAAACCCAAACCCAAACCCCAUUUUGAGAAUUUCUAUUUCUCUCUGUGCCGCUUUCGCUUCCCAUAGUGUGAAAAACAAAAACACUCUUUCUCUCUGUUUAUUUUGUUUUUGUUUUUUGGUCCCCGAAACGCAUUGCUCUGGUUGAGAAUACACUGAGGCGGUUAUUAAAACGGUUACGUUUUAUAUAUUAAUUUUUUUUUUCUCUCAUCAACCAACCGCAAAGGCUAGGGUUAGUGCUCUCUCUAUCUCUAUCUCUAUCUCUCUCUCUCUUUAGAGCUUCCUUCUAUUUCGCCAAAAUAAUUUUUGUGAUAUUUUUCAAACCCUAGGUUUUGGGACUCUACAAUACAAAAAACACGUUUGGAUUUUCCUCAUCUUUUCUAGGGUUUCUAAAUUUUCACACAUUUUCACUCUGAUUCUAUUUCUCCGUUAGGGCUUUUUUUUUUUUUUCAUUCUUGUUUUCUUCACAUUGGUUCUGUUUCUUUUUGAAUCGGUUUUUUUCCAAUUUUUCUGGGGUUUGGGGCAGAGAUGAGGGUCUUGUGAGUGUGUGGCAAUCGUUUUUCAAAUCCAUCUUUAAUCAAACAAAAGAUGGAUUAAACCCAUUGAACUCUCAUGCAUAUUCUUGUUGCCAUUGCCUUUGUGCUUGUGCCUUGGGUUCCAACUUGUAUGAGAAUUUGCUUCUUUUAAUUCCAUUCAUGGGGUUUAUUUGAUAAACAAAACAAAAAAAAAAAAAGGAGGAACUAUUUGAAGUUUAGGUUUGAGUUUGGUUGGUGAUUGUGGAGCAAAAUUGGUUGGAUUUUGGGGAGGAAGGAAGUGAGUUUGUAUAGAAGGAUAACUCUCUGAGAAAUUUUGUGCUUAUUUUUGAUUGACACAUGAAGGACAUAUAGGUCCUAGAUUUGAAAAAAUAGAAGAACCCAUUACAGUUAAUUGAGUGUGUUUGGAGGACUACAGGUUUUGGGGAGGGGAAGAAAUUUAGGGUUAGGUUUUACGGUGUAGUAAGUCGGGGAAGAGAAAAGGGUGGAGUCGGUGAAGGGUAGGAGUGUUAUUCUUGUUAAUUCUGAUCAUGUUCAGUGCUCCUUAUGGAAAGAAGUGAACCCACAUUAUUUCCAGAAUGGUUGAGAAGUACUGGAAGUGUUACUGGGGGUGGCAGUUCAAGCCACCAUUCUGCGUCAACUGCUUCUCAUUCAGAUGGUCCUUUAUUGGCUCAUAACACACGAAAUAGAACUUCUAAGAGCACGGGUGAUUUUGAUGCCCCUCGUUCUGCAUUUCUGGACCGGACAUCUUCAUCAAAUUCACGGAGGAGUUCUAGUAAUGGUUCUGCAAAGCAUGCAUACAGUAGUUUUAAUAGAGGUCACCGGGACAAGGACCGUGAGAAGGAAAAGGAGAGGUCAAACUUUGGGGACCAUUGGGAUCGUGACUGUUCUGACCCUCUAGGAAGCAUAUAUCCAAAUAGGCUAGAGAAGGACUCAUUGCGUCGUUCUCAAUCAAUGGUUUCCAGGAAACAGGGUGAACCAUUGUCACGAAAAGUUUCUGUAGAGUCUAAAAACAGCAGCAGUAACAAUCACAAUGGCAAUGGUGUGCUUUCUGGGGGUGGUAUUGGUAGUAGUAUUCAAAAGACAGUGUUUGAGAAGGAUUUUCCCUCACUUGGGACUGAAGAAAAGCAAGGAGCGCCUGAUAUAGGAAGAGUUUCUUCUCCGGGUUUGACCACUGCUGUUCAUAGCUUACCUGUAGGUAGUACAGCUUUGAUUGGUGGGGAGGGAUGGACAUCGGCUCUGGCAGAGGUGCCUACCAUUAUUGGUGGCAGCAGCAGCAGCAGCAGCAGCACAGGAUCCUUAUCUGUUCAACAGACUGUUGCUCCAGCUUCAGGGUCUGGGGCUUCAAGUGCAAUGGCUGGUCUUAAUAUGGCUGAAGCAUUGGCUCAAGCUCCAUCACGAGUUCGUACUACCCCUCAGUUAUCUGUCAAUACACAGAGACUUGAGGAAUUGGCUAUUAAGCAAUCUAGGCAAUUAAUACCAGUUACACCUCCAAUGCCUAAAACUUCGGCCCUCAAUUCCACUGACAAAUCAAAGCCCAAAACAGCGGUCAGAAAUACUGAGGUCAUUGCAGCUGCCAAGAGUGGGCAGCAGCAACCAUCUCUACAAAACGCUAAUCAAUCUCUUCGCAGUGGACAUGUCAAAUCUGAUGCUUCCAAGACAUCUCAUGGGAAGUUUCUUGUUCUGAAAGGGCCAUGGGAAAAUGGUGUUUCUACUUCUCCAAAGGAUGUUGCUAGUCCAACAAAUAAUGCCCCCAGAACUGCUAAUAGCCAGCCUCCUGUUACUCCAUCAGCUGCAUCUACUCCUUUGAGGAGCCCUAACAACCUUAAGAAUUCCUCCUUGGAGCGCAAGGUUGCUGCAUUUAAUCAGAAAUCAGGAUUUAAGGAAAGGAGACCUUCCUCGUCUCAAGUACAGAGCCGGAAUGAUUUUUUCAAUCGUUUAAAGAAGCAAACUUCAACAAACACUUCUACAGUUCUCCCAGAUUCUGGCCCUGUUAUUUCAUCUCCUACCAUGGAAAAAUCUGAUGAAAUGAUUGGGGAAGUGGUCAGUGCUCCUGCAAGUCCUCAUGCUACUGAAAAUGGUGCUGAGGUCACAAGCAAUGGUGAUGCCUGUGAAGUGGUUCAGAGGUUUUCUGUUGUUGGAGAGGACAACAUAAGCUCCAGUGCAACAAUUUGUCCAGAUGAGGAAGAGGCUGCAUUCCUUCGUUCUCUUGGCUGGGAGGAAAAUUCUGGCGAGGAUGAAGGCCUUACAGAGGAGGAGAUCAACUCUUUUUAUCAAAGGAUCCAGAUCAUGAAACUGAACCCAUCGCUGUGCCGAGGUGUGCAGCCAAUGCUUUCAAAGUUGUCUGAAUCUCAUUUGACUAGCUUGGGUGGAGCAUCCUCUGAGUUGAGCCCACCUGACUCUGGAUCUGAAGCUUGAUUUACUUUUUCCAUCACCCAAGAGAUCCGACGAGUUCCAAAUUUUGAUGGCAGAUGGUUUCUUUUUUUUAUAUUGUUUUGAAAGAAAGCUGACGAGUGGGUGUGAAAGAAGAGAUCAGGUAUUGGUUGGAAAGUCUGCAUUUUGCAUAAUGCAAUAAGUUAAAGGUGCCUCAAGCCUGCCUGCCUAAAACAGGGAAUUUUUUUAGGUUUCAGGAUUGGUUGGGAUAGGUAAGGUUAGGGGAUAUUUUGUCUGCAGUGGAAGAUGCUGGAGAAAUCACAUCUUUUGGGGGGUAUUUUGGUCCGUUUUUCCUUUUCCUUCAAAUAGGGUUCGAUUCUACAAGAUAAAGCUUAUGUGUUUUUGGUCAAUUUUACGGAAAAAAGAAAAAAAGAAAUCAGAAAAUUCUAUUUUUAGUUUA